GCAGAGGUUCCAGACAGAUUUCCCGACAUUCGAGCAAGAAAGAGCGCAGUUAUGGAAUACCUAGCAUUAGCCAUUGUGGCAAUGCUAUUUGUUCUUCCACUUCCCGGAUCUGGCCAGUUUCUCGACCCAAAUUGCGGAAUUCGAAGUGAGCCAAAAAAUGUGAUAAGGGUCAUUAAUGGCCAAAUAGCGAAAUAUAACUCCAGUCCAUGGAUGGUAUUUCUCAAAUCAACUGAUGGUGCUUUCGUGUGCGGCGGAACGUUGAUCACAAACAGGCUGGUACUGACUGCAGCGCACUGCCUUCAACAGAACCAGACAUUAUUUGCUCGUCUGGGGGAGUACAAAAGAAGUGCAAAGGACGGUGAAUGCGUUGGAAGUAACUGCCAUGUUCGAGUAAUUUGCAAAGUGGACGGGGCCUUCAAGCCUCGGAGAUUUGAUAGCAAAAUGCUUUGGAACGACAUAGCCAUUCUGCGACUAGAAAGACCUGUGGUUUACACAGAUCACAUUAGACCCAUCUGCAUUUUGUUAAAUACUAAAUGGAGGAAGUAUAUCGACAGCAUCCCGAUACUAACCGGAACUGGAUGGGGCAUCACCGAGGACGGAGCAGACAGCGAUUUCCUCAGGACCCUAGACAUACGGCGCCAACCACCGCAGGUGUGCCGCCAGUAUAUCGGUGCUAAUAUCGUGGGGAAUCAGUUCUGCGCGGGAAACAGGAACAGUAAUCUGUGCAAUGGCGAUUCCGGUGGUCCUCUUGGAGCCUUGGUCCCCUAUAAGAACUCAAAGCGCUACGUCCAAAUCGGUAUUGCCAGCUUCACAAAGAAAAAAUGCGAGUAUGCAAGUGUGUACACGAAUGUUAUGAGCCACAUCGACUUCAUUCUCAAGGUGUGGCGUAACUUCGGCAAUGGUCAGAAGAGGAUAGUUAUAAAUAGACCCCAGAUCAGACCAUCAUCUCGACCACCCACCCGACCACCAAUCCGACCACCAGUUAGCCCACCCAUCCCACCAACAGUUCUCCCACCCAUCCCACCAGCAUUCAAUCCACCGUUUGUACCACCAGUCGUGCCGUCAAUUCCGGAACAUAGCUUCGGAGAUUUCAUGCCAGAUCACGGGCAUAACCAUGAUGAUUGGAUGGGGCACCACCAUGAAGGUCAUUCCUGGGAAUUGGACUUUGACUAUGAUUUUCACUGGGGGGGCGAUUGGCACGAUUCGCAUGAGUAUUUCGAUUGACAUAGAUAUCCAGUACACUUUCCAAUGAUCAUGUUUUAGCUGAAUACGUAUGUAUAUGUUCGUAAUAAAAUAUUUAAAUUGUUUUCAGGAACUACAGAAAUAUAUCAACGCCCAUGAGUCAGUUUUACAUGUA